CACCGCAUUGGACUUCUCAAACAAAGUGACGAUCCCCCGACAUCUGUCCCGUCGCCUCUCGUCCUUCCUCCCACCGGUAGAAACUUUAGCGCAGAGGAAUAAGAGCAGCGGCAGCGGCAGCAGCAGCAGCCCGCAGGAGAGUCUUUGCUGCUGAAGCACCCACAAAGAGAAAGUAUUGAAGUGGUUAUUCAUUUGACUGCCAAGCAUGAAGAAUAAAAGGAAAAGAGAGCAACCAAGACCCGCAAUCCACCCCAGAAAUAAGUAUUCUGAGAAGCCACCUGAUUUCGCUCUCUUGGCUUCGUUCUAUCCAUCUUUCAAGCCAUUUGUCUUCUACUCUCGGGAUGGUCGACCCAGAAUUGACUGGACUGACUUCAAUGCCACCCGUGAGCUCACCCGCAUCUUACUCCACCAUGACCAUGGCAUUAACUGGUGGAUUCCUGAUGGACAGCUGUGCCCCACAGUACCCAAUAGAUCCAAUUACAUCCAUUGGAUUGAGGAUCUUCUGUUAUCGGACAUAAUUCCUCGCCCUAAUCCCAAUCAAGACAAUGUGAGAGGAUUUGACAUAGGCACUGGAGCCAACUGCAUUUACCCUCUUCUAGGUGCAUCUCUUUUGGGGUGGAGAUUUGUUGGUUCUGAUGUGGCAGAUGUAGCAAUUGAGUGGGCAGAAAGAAAUGUCAAGAGUAACCCGCAAAUCUCGGACCUGAUUGAAAUUAGAAAGGCUGGAACUGAUGCAAGUUGUUCUCAAGUUGAAGAUCCCUAUAAUGAAAAUUCCAAUUUGGAAAGGAAAGUUGAUCAUGCAGUUAGGGAUGAUUGCUACUCCGGGCCUCCUAUACUUUAUGGUGUGGUGAGAGACGGAGAAACAUUUGACUUUUGCAUGUGCAAUCCUCCAUUUUUCGAGUCCAUGGAGGAAGCAGGACUAAAUCCAAAAACAUCUUGUGGCGGGACUGUGGAUGAGAUGGUGUGUCCUGGUGGAGAGAAGGCUUUUAUCACUCGCAUCAUUGAAGAUAGUGUUAAGUUGAAGCACUCUUUUCGGUGGUACACUUCAAUGGUUGGGCGGAAGAUAAAUCUCAAAUUCUUAACGUCAAAGCUUAGAGAGGUUGGAGUCACCAUUGUAAAGACUACUGAAUUUGUGCAAGGACAAACAUGUCGAUGGGGUAUUGCCUGGUCUUUCGUGCCUCCUGUCAAGAAGAUUAUCUCAACCCACGUGGCUGAGAAGCCGAAUCUGUCUUUCAUGCUUCAGGGUCUUCAACGUCAAUCUAGUGCAUUUGAUGUAUUACAGUCGAUUGAGUCCUUUUUCCGCGUUAGUGGUGCAUCCUGUAAACUAAACGUCUCCUCAUUUUGUGUUGACAUCUCUGCAUCCAACAAUCAUCUUAGUGGGAUCUUCAAAGAGGACGCUGAAGAAAAUCUCGAUGAAGCUUCUGGUAACAUAAACUUUCGGAUCUCAGUUUUCCAGCAAAUUCCAGGCACGUUGCUCGUGAAAGGAUCAUUACAGCAGAAGGACUGCCCAGUCUCUGGAGAGCUUUUGUCGGCAUUCCAACGACUUGAAGUGGUUUUGAAAGACAAAUUUUGCCAGACCAAGGACUCCUCAAAUCCACCCUAAGAGCCACAAUCAUUUCAUUUUAAACUGACCUAGGUAAUUCUUAUAGCAAGCAGCAUAUAUAAGCCGUAUACAUGAUAUAGUUUAUGGUCGACUCGAAUAUGUGCAAAUCCACUCUCGAUAUAAUUACUGUAUAUCAUGAUUUUUUGUUCUCCUAUUCACAUUUUCGCUAUAGGUCAGUCUCAUGAUGUGACUUUUCUUGGACUAGUGUCAUAUAAUGGAAUAAUCCAAUUAUCUACGGUACGUAUUCUGACUCA